AGUGCAUCGACAUCAUUUAAUCAAGUCUAAAGAUUGCAAAGCUUUUGUCUGAUGACGUAGACCUCCACGUGUUUCUAUUUCGUAAAUUCGGAAAAGGAUUGAUCAAAACUUUCCGAAUGUUUUCUGAUGCUUUUAUCAAAUUGUCUCUUCAACUUGCACAUUUCAGGGACAAAGGUCAUUUCAGUUUGACUUACGAAGCCUCGAUGACGAGAUUGUUCCGAGACGGGGGGACCGAGACUGUUCGUUCAUGCACGACUGAAUCCUGCGCUUGUGUUCGGGCCAUGAAAGAUCCAGAACAAACUAAUGAAGACAGAUUUGCUCUUUUGAAGAAAGCUACAGAACGCCAUGUAUCAGGAUAUAAAGAGGCCAUGACUGGUCAAGGAAUUGAUCGUCAUUUAUUCUGUCUCUACGUCGUGUCAAAAUAUCUCAAGAUCGAGUCUCCCUUCUUGCAAAAGAACUCAUCUCGAUUUGCUGAUAACAUCGAAAAAGCAAUGAUGGAUGUGAAGGACCUCUGCGAAUAUGCAAAGAAAUAAUAAUUUGAGAAAAAAAGAAAAAAAAUUAGGAAUUAUUAUUAGGUUUUAAUGCAUUGUGUUUUCAUAAAAAAAAGGGGGGAGCACUGGGGGUAAAAAAGUAGGGGAGUUUAUUUUGAUUUUACUUAUACUUUUGUGUGAAAAAGUGUGUUCUAUUUUCUCUGUAAUAUUUACUGAUUGUGUUUUUAUCUUAGUGUAAAACAGAUUUGGAAACCAAAAAAAAAAAAAAUUUGAGGGAUGAGGGAAUUUUUCAGAUAAAUUUGAAUUUGAGUAAAAUGUUAUAUAAAUCACGAUUCAGCAUACUUGCAUAAAUAUUUUGACAAUUUUGAACAGAUCGGCAGUGGCUAGGUAUCACUGUAGGCUCUGAACUUUUUUUCUGAUCCCUUACCCUGCCCCCUCUCCCCCCCCCCCCCCCUCUUUCUUUUUCGUCGUCUCACUCAGGUGAGAGCUGUAUACAGGAUAUUUAUCCAGACAUGUUUUUCAAGUUUUUUUAAGAAUUUGGUGCAUUUGCCUGUGGUGAGGUCACAACACAGGACCCAGAGAGAUUAUGACAUUUUUUCUCACACCCCCUGUCCCCCCACCAUUUCAAUGUCCCAGCCAGGAAGGAAAACCGCUCUAGUGGGUGCUAUCUGUUGGGUUCCCAGUUUUUUUCCUCCCCCUCUCCUCUUUUUCCAAGAUAAACUCCCAUGUUGUGCUCCCCGCUUCUUCAUUUUCUGUAUAUUCAACAUAUCAACCACUUUGUAUUUGCUUUCUGGGAACACCAUAUAGUCACAAAUAUUUUUGAUAAUAACAACCCCCCCCCCCCCAAAAAAAAUAAUAAAUUUGUGUUAUAUUCAUUCAUUCCUUCCUGAGGCUUUAAGGACUCAUUGGCCCCUGUUUAUCAUUCCAGUGGUACCCUGUUCAGGUACCCAAACUCUUGGGACGCCCUAACGCAGGGGUGUGCAACCUGUGGCCCAUAAAGAAAAAUUGUGUGGUCCGCGGAUUAGUGACAAUUUCGAAAGGUGUACGGCCUGUAAAACGAGUUUUUAUUAGUUCCAUCUGGUUUGUGCCAGUAAUUCCAAUCUCUUUGCAUUGCAAAGCAUAUACCUCAGUCCAAUUUAUUAUAUAUGCUUAUGACGUUACAAUGCCCUAACGACUUGUGUGAAGCAAACUACACAUGCCAUAAGAUCAAUAACCAAUAUUGUUUUGCCUGCAAAUAAUAAAAGCUUAUGUUAAAAAGGUGCGUCCCGCGAUUUCGCUAAGUUAUUUGUAUCUGACCCUCUUGUAUUAAAGGUUGCCCACCCCUGGAUUAAACUAUUCAAUCUCAAAAAGCUCUCCCGCUUAUGGUCACUAAAGCAUGACUGGACAGAAUAAUCACAUCCUGACAAGCAGAGUAGAAUUCUGUAAUUUAAAAGCAUUGAGAUAUAAACUUUUAAACUGCUGAAUUCAGACCCGCCGUUCUCUCUAUAUACUUAAACUUUUAGCUGUUUUUUGUGUGUUUUAAAAUUUUUGAAAGUAAAUUGGACAAAUAUGAACAUUAUUUUGCAGGACUGUGUUUUUUCUAUGACCUAGAAGGGGUGAAGACAUUUUUAACAAUAAAGAAUGAUAAAAAAAAAUUGUAA